UUCAGGGGACACCCUGGCUCUGAGCGGCAAGCCGUCUCAAGGACAGCUCCCUGUCACCGCAGGCCUCCACGGGCCCUGGAAGUGCCAGGGACUACCUAGGACCUCUGUGGUAGUUUUUGAAAAUUAUCCUGACUUAGACCUUUUUGAUGAGUCAAAGCCAGGAAGAGCCUUUCCUUCUGGGCCAACAGAAGACAGACGGACGGGAACCUCCGGUUAAUUGAAAAGAGAAAAUCUACGCCCUUGCUCAUUUCCUGCAGGUACUGCCCGGCCUCCUGGGCCCCCAUGCUACUCCCUGCCCAGGAACCCCGUGCUGCCCACCCGGGGGACUGUGAUGGUUAGCAGGGAGGACUGCCUUUCUUCUGGCUUCCCACGGCGGCCAUUUGAACUCACCUCCGGGAGAGUCAAGGGCAGGAACCCGUGAGAAGUUAGUUCUCUUCCCCGGAGGCAACCACAGGUACCGGCUUCUUGAGUUUUCUCCAUGAGAUACUCUGUACUGCUGUGGUUUAGUGAUCACGGGGACACCCCAGACUCAGGCCAGCUCUCUCCUGAGUGACCCCAUGGAGGAGAGGAAUGGCACCAACUCCACCAGGUUCCUGCGGCUGCCGGAGGGGACAAGUGCUGCCUGGUACAUCCUCACCAUCGUCGGCAUCUAUGGGGUGAUCAUCUUCUUCCGGUUAGCCAGCAACAUCCUCAAGAAGAAUGAUAAGUCCUUUGAAGAUAUUUAUUAUUCAAAUUUGACGUAUGAGCUCAAAAAGAAAACGUUCGAGAGCAAGGUGGCCAAAUGUUCCUCGCUGACCCUUAGCAACACAGAUGUCCUGCAGCCCGGCCAGGCCAGCCUAGGGUCAAAGUGUGCAAAGAGUGGACCUCAAAUUGGAACCCAGGGAAUCCACUGAGAGAGAAGGCAGAAGACUGAAGGGAUCAGCUUCGGAUUUACCUGGAACAGAGAGGUCACACCCUUGUUCUUGGGACCAAGAAAGGCAUCACUGAGCUGAGCCUGCUGGAUGAUGGCUCUGUGACUGGAAGCCAGCAGCCUGUGUCCAUCUUGGGCUUUCUGAUGAUUGGAGAACAGACAGUGGGCAGAAGAAGGCCAUUUGCCCCUUUGCUAGCAAAUUCUGUGCUCCAAGGAAGGGCGUGGGCUUCAGUGUUCCCAGAGGAAUCCAGGAGACUCCAGGGCACAUGCAAAUCAAUAGUUUCUUGUCACGAGAAAAAGACUGAAUUUGGAACAAAUGUGCGGGAUUAACCUUCUGUGGAGUCACAUAAACUUUGAGUGAUUAGUUGCACACCUGCAAUAUAUGGGAGUUGAGAUAGAUGGGCCCAUUAAAUUUAGGACCAAAGCUGUUCACAUCAGAAUUUAGGAAUUCUUCAGUCUCACGGAGAGUGUGUUACAUUGAAGAAAGCAUUAACUUUAGAAUCAGACAGACCACUUUGGUGUCCAGGCACAAACCACUUCACCUCUCUGGAACUUAAUUCACAGAUAAAUUGAGAAUGAGGCCAGAGCUGCCAACCCAAUCAUGAGAUCUAAUGAGACCAUGAGAUGUAUCUAAUGAGACCUGGAAAGGUAUUUUGAAAAGCAAACUGGGAAUAAAAACAUAAGACUUAUA